AUGAUGACUCUCCCCGUGUUUGAUAUUCCACAUCUUGAGAAAGAUGAGGGGUUACUCCUGUUUAACGUGGAACCCACACUUUUGUGUGGUAUGGCAACUGGACUCCGCGUUCUCCCGCAUGGAAUGGCACUUCAGCAGCAGGCCAGAAUGACUGCACGAUUGUGGGUAGAGAAGGAACGGCAACAGCGGCAUCACGCACGCCGUCACGAAGACCCUCACGCUAUGAGUGGCUCCGAUGUGGACGAUGAUGAUGAUGAUGAUGGAAAUGAUGGUAGCUACGGAGACGAAAACCAGCAACAGCAACAACAACAACAAAACUUUCGUCGUAAAAAGUUUGUUAAGUUAACAGAUGAAGAUUUACAGGUGGAUUGGUAUGAUGUACUGCGUCUGGAGCAAGGUGAGGGGGCAACAGAGGAACAAAUACGGGCGGCCUACCGUCGACGUUGUCUGGAAACACACCCAGAUAAGCAGAAGGAUCGCUCUGAUGAGGCCUUUAAGAAGGUUCAGCGUGCUUUUGAUAUUCUAGGCGAUGCUGAGACCCGUUUGGCGUAUGACUCUUCUCGUCCUUUUGAUGACAGCAUCCCACCGGAGACGCUUCCUUCUGGGGCAGACUUCUACGCUACCUUUGGUCCCGUAUUUGAACGUAACAAGAAGUGGAGUAGCGAGCCUAAUCUCCCCUCCAUUGGUGAUGAUAACAUGAGUCUUAAAGAUGUAAACCGCUUCUAUGACCGUUGGGCUCGCUUCCAGAGCUGGCGUGACUUUUCCCACCUUGUCGAGCUUGAUGAAAUUGAUGACGGAAUGUGUCGUGAGGAGAAGCGUUACUACAUGCGUGAGAAUGCACGUCAGCUGCAACAGUUCCGUCGUGAGGAACAACAGCGACUGCGUACUUUAGUGGAGCGGGCGCGGCGUAGUGAUCCUCGAUUGCGGCGUGCCCGUGAGGCGGCAGAGCGGGAGGCGGCAGAGCGACUGGCGGAGCGGGAGGCCCAACGUGUGGCCCGCCACGAGGCGCGGGAGGCCCGGCGAGUGGAACAGCAGCAGCGGGAGGCCGCAGAGGCGAAGGAGGCGGCAGAGCGGGUGGUGCGGGCAAAGCAGGAGAUUCGCCAAGCCCAGCAGGACCUCCUCGCAUUCCUCAGGGAACAUGAAUUGCUGGAUGAGACACCAACGAAUAAGUUCUUUCGACAUGUCGUGCGGAAGCCCAAUGUGACGUGGUUGUUUGCUAAGAUCCAUACACCAGAACGGGCAGCGGCAGUGCUGCGGGAGGUGACGGAGUGUAGCACAGAACGACGUCAGGCUGAACCACAGCAGGAGGCAGUCACUAAUAAUAACAAUAAUAAUAAUCAUUAUCAUCAUCAUCGUCAUCAUCAACAAAACGAUGAUGAUGAGGGAGUGGAAGUGGAGGCGGUGUUGCGGUUUAAUGCACUCGUUGAGGAUCAAGAACAGCAGAUUGGUCUGACACGUUAUGGGGAACCUGUGAAGAAACGUCCAGUGGUUGUGCCCGCUGCAAAGGCUCCUGAACCUGAAAAGAAACCCGCUGCAGAAGCACCAGCUGCAAAGAAGCAGGAAGAAUGGGAUGAAGAGGAUUUGGUUCGACUGCAGAAAGCCACGGCGAAAUUUCCGCCAGGUGCAGUGGAUCGCUGGGAAAAGAUUGCCGGUUUGCUGCGUGGUAAAUUCACACCAGAGGAGGCGAUGGCAAAGGUAAAUGAGAUUACAGCAGCACUACAUCAUUCAAAUAAUAAUAGCAGUAAUGCACGCGCUGCAGGGCAGCCACAACCUUCUACAACUCCAGUGAAGGUUCCAUCUACUGUUGUUGCGGCAACAACCGCCUCCACAGUUCCCCCAGUGGAGGAUUGGACGGUAAAGCAGCAGAAACAGCUGGAGCAAGGACUACGAGAGCUCAAGGACUAUAAAGAAAAGGAUAAGUUUCAGAAAAUUGCAGCCAUGGUGGAUGGUAAAAAUGCUAAAGAGUGUUUUGAACGCUUUAAACACUUAUGUGCUAUCAGUAAGCGUAAGUAA